AGGGGUAGAAAUCCGAUAUCAGUAAAUUUCAAGGUUUAAUGAUUGAAAACAUACAGGUAUUUCGGUUUUUAUCUGGAUCACUGAUAAACAUGAAAACAGUGACCUAUUUGUGGACUUAAAGGCAGAAGAUGGCUGACAAUUAUGUGAAACGAAACUGUUGAAACUGUUUAACGUAAAAUUGUUUUGUGUGUCACACAUUUUACCUGCAUAAAAUACUGUGUUACAUCAUGAAUUAACUGAAAUGUGUAAAAUAUUUCUUUAUCUGGAGAUAUUAACAUUUACACAGAUAUAAUGAACAAGUUACAGAGAUUACUACUAGCUGUUGCCUGGAGUGUCCUACAAACGAGUUCCUGGGUGUACACUUGUCCUACAAACUGUAACUGUGCCCAAUAUCGGACAGUUUCGUGUACACAAGUAACAUCCCUGAAAUCAAUUGCCCCAGAAAUCCCAAAAGACACAAGAAAAUUAGAGAUUACCGAAGGCACAUUUUACAAUGUACAGGAGAGCGAUUUUACAGAAAUGCCAGUGAAAUCUUUCAUUCAUCUUAGACUUACUAAUGGCCAAUUAUCAGAAAUACAGCACAAUGCUUUAGACGCACUUACUGGAUUGCAAAUUUUGGAUUUGUCCGAUAACAUUCUGCAGCAGAUAUCAAGUCCAGAUAUUUUCAAAUCAUUAUUUUACUUACAAACCGUUGAUUUAAGUAACAACAGACUAAGUGAUCUACCAAUUGGAUUAUUUGCAUCUCAGUCAAAUGUUUACCAAAUUAAUAUCGCUGGAAAUAAAAACAUCAGAAAUCUUCGCGGUCAAUCGUUCCAGGGCUUGAGAAGUCUCAAUAGAUUGCUAGCAGGUGGUUGUGGUAUACGCACGCUAGAAAAUGACCUUUUCCCUGCAAUAAGCUCUGUGAAUACUCUUGACCUGUCGUACAAUCAAAUACAGUCACUUCCUAAUAAUGAUGGUUUCCGAUCACUUCAUAAAUUACGAAACUUCACACUUCAAGGAAAUCAGAUAGCUGCUCUUAACGAUGGACAAUUUGCAAAUAUGGAUUUAGAAAUACUUGAUUUAUCUAAGAAUUUAAUAGGAACUAUAAGCCCAAAUACAUUCAUGUAUUUGAAAGGUGUACGCAAACUUGACUUGUCGCAUAACAAAAUUCAUAUCCUUCCAGAAUUUGUGUUCCAGCCUAUAUCAUCGGAGGUUUACGAUUUAAAACUGAAUGACAAUCAUGCACUGAUUAAUCUUCCACUAACACUUUUUAAUGGAAUGAGUAAAUUAAACACUCUGAAUUUAUCAUCAUGUGCCAUAAAGGAGCUAAGAGAGGAGCAUUUUCAGCAGGAUUUUACUAUACGACAAAUGGAUAUAUCAAAUAACUGGCUCAAAUAUCUUCCUCAGAGUUUUGUGCAAAAGUCGAUGUAUAUGCAAUAUGUUAACAUAGCAAAUAAUCCAUGGGAAUGCAACUGUAUGAUAAAGCCACUACUUAACUGGUUGAAAAAUCCCCAGAGUUCAAAUAUUAUUCGUUGUUCAGCAGAGCCUCAAAUGGGAUUUAGAACAAGCUGCCCUUCGCCAAAAUGUGAAAUGCCUUCUAAUCUAGCUAAUCGUGACAUUGCCUCGCUCAUGCAAAAUGACAUCGAAGAUUGUGUGAAAACUGGGUCAAGUUCAUCUGCGCCUGUUGGAAUCAUUGUAGGAGUUCUAGCAGGUCUGCUUGUCAUAGUGAUCAUCAUUUUUAUAGUAGCUUGUUACUUAUAUAGAAGACACAAGCGUGGUGACCCCUUGGUGUGUUACGAAGCUGCCGAGACAGAAGAUGUUGAAAAAAAGAAGAAAAAGAAACAUCGAGAACUGAAAGCUGUCCAGGGCGUAAAAAAACUAAACAGAGAACCAAGAAGUGGACGUGGCGAUCGUGACUAUUAUCGUGAAAAGAAAGAAAAUCGUAAAAUAGACGCUGAUUCCAGUUCUUUAAAUGAGUCAGAUAAAAGUUUUGUUGUAAGAAAUUUCUUUCAUUCAAUGAUGCCAGAUCCAGAUGGGCAUUCAGAAGGAACCCAUUCUCAGUCAAUGACACGUAAAGACUCAAUAGAUAGUUUAUCACAAUCAGGAUACGGGUAUAACUCCAGGCCUGGCUCCAGACAUUCUAGCCAAUAUAGUCUUAACGCAGGAUGUAAACAUGAAUCUGCCGUAUAGAUAUAAACAACUUUUUAAAUUUUCAUAUUCAGAUUGAUAAUUCUAAAGGAAAGAAAAAUCAUUACUUGUGUU